AUGCCUUCCAGAAAAGUCCAAUCUUACUGCGGUUCGAAAAUCUUUGGCGUCCCCAAGUACGUGUUUUGGGUACUCUUGGGGGUUGCCAUAAUCGUCAUUGUGGUCCCAGUUGCGGUCAUGUUUGGGCGAAAGAAGCACAUCCAAAAAUCGAGUGUCCUUGUCCCACUCUAUGUCUACCCCGACCCAGGAGCAUGGGAUCCCUUGUACGAUGCCAUCGAAAAAAAUCCAACUCUCGAUUUCACGGUGGUGAUGAAUCCUGAGAGUGGUCCCGGCAACGACUCUCUCCCUGACUCAAACUACACGUCACAGAUUCCCAGACUUACCACGUAUCCAAACGUUGUUACUGUAGGCUACGUUUCAACAAACUACUCAAAUCGGGAUAUCUCUGCCGUGCUGCAGGAUAUCCGCACGUAUGCAGGCUGGUCAGGAGGGAACGUAACUAUCAAAAGUCUCGGGAUGCGUGGGAUCUUCUUUGAUGAGACGCCGGCCGACUACACCGCAGCCAGUGGACGGUUCUAUGGAACCGUUGCAGCAAUGGUACGAUCCCAACCAGGGUUUGGAGAUGAUCCUUUGAUAAUCCACAACCCCGGCGUCAUACCCGACCCACGUUACCUCAGUUCGUGCAACCAAACAGUAGUAUUCGAAGGCGCCUAUGAUACGUAUCAAAAAUACAAAAUGCAGAAAAACAUCACCACCUUCCUCAGCCAAAAUUCCAAAAUUUGCACAAGGGAUAACCUUGCCACUAUCGUCCACUCAAUGCCUAGUUCCGUGAGUGCGAAGGGGCAGAUGUCGUUAGUGAAAGACUUGAGAGGCAUAAGCCGAAAUGUGUUUGUUACGGGUUUGAGCGUGGAUUAUUAUUCGAGUUUUUGGAAUGGAUGGGAGGGGUUCGUCCAAGAUGUUGCUGCUCAGAAAUGA